UGCUUGGCAAAGCCCCCAGGUCGCACGGAGCGAUCUUUGCCGUACCCCGGGCGCAGCAGAGCUCGCCCCAGUAGCAGCCCUGCCUGCGGGGCCAGGAUUACCGCACGCCCGCCGCUUGGCGGAGAAGGCACCCGCUUGCAGCCCGGGCAGCAGCCGGAGCCCGUGUCCGGGCGUGGGGACCCCCGUCCCAGAGCUGCGAUGGAGCGCAGGGUGGUGCUGGCGCUGGUGCUGUGGCUGGGGAGCCGGCCGGCUCCAGGCUUGUUCAUUUCUCCGGAUCAACCAAGUCUUAGCAUCCAAAAAGAUAUCCUUACAAUAACUGCAAAUGAUACUCUAAAUAUUACUUGCAGUGGUCAAAGAGCUUUGGAGUGGCUGUUGCCUAACAAUCAGAGCAGUUCUGAGAAACAUGUUGCAGUGACGGACUGCAGGGACGGCCCCUAUUGUAAGAUGCUCACUCUUACAAAAGUAAUAGGGAAUGACACUGGGGACUACAAGUGCUUUUACAGAGACACCCAGGCAACUACAAGUAUUUAUGUCUAUGUUCAAGAUUACAGAUCUCCAUUUGUGACUUCAGUUAGUGACCAACUUCAUGUUAUAUACAUUACUGGGAACAAAACAGUGCUGAUUCCAUGUCUUGGAUCCAUAUCAAAUCUCAAUGUAUCACUUUAUGCGAGGUAUCCAGAAAAGUUAUUUGUUCCUGAUGGUAAAUUAAUCUCAUGGGAUAAUAAAAAAGGCUUCACUAUUCCCAGUAACCUGAUCAGCUAUGCGGGCAUGGUCUUCUGCGAAGCUAAAAUAGAUGAUGAAAGUUACCAGUCUGUAAUGUACAUAGUUGUGGUUGUAGGAUACAGAAUUUAUGACUUAACUAUGAACCCUCAUCACCAAAUAGAGCUGGCAGCAGGGGAGAAACUAGUUCUAAAUUGUACUGUGAGGACGGAGCCAAAUGUUGGAAUUGAUUUCAAAUGGGACUACCCUUCCGUUAAGGGAAAACGUGCUACAGUCAGAGACUUAAAAACAUCAUCAGGGAAUGAGCCGAAGAAGUUCGUAAGCACUCUUACCAUAGACCAUGUGACCUUAAAUGAUAGAGGCCGAUACAACUGCACAGCAUUCAGUGGCCUUAUGACAAAGAAAAACAGCACAUAUGUCAUUGUCCAUGAAAAACCUUUUAUCCGUUUGGACAGAAUGGGGUCUGUGGUGGAGACAAGGGUAGGAGACCAAGUCAAAAUCCCUGUGAGAUUUACAGGCUAUCCUCCACCAGAAGCAAAAUGGUAUAAAAAUGGAAAAGCCAUCAGCACAAAUCAUACCAUUAAACUUGGUUACACAUUAACAAUUACUGAGGCAAGUGAAAAGGAUGCUGGGAAUUAUACCAUUGUACUUACAAACCCCGUUAACAAGGAGCAACAGAGACACACAUUUAACCUGGCUGUGAAUGUUCCACCUCAGAUUGGGGAGAAUGCUUUAUUGGCUCCUGUUGAUUCGUACAAGUAUGCAACUACUCAAGUCCUAACCUGCACAGUCUACGCCAUUCCGGCCCCAGUCAAUAUCCAGUGGUACUGGCAGUUAGAGGAACAGUGUACAUUCCGCCCUAAUCAAGUUGGUUUGGGAAUCAAUCCUUAUGCAUGUAAGAAAUGGAAAGACAUCACGGACAGAAAGGGAGGAAAUCGGAUUGAAAGAAUUAAAAAUCAGUUUGUUGCUAUUGCUGGGAAAAUGAAGACUGUAAGCACCCUUGUGAUUCAAGCAGCAAACGUGUCAGCUUUGUACAGAUGUGUGGCUACUAACAAAGCUGGAGUGGGUGAGAGGGUUAUCUCCUUUCAUGUUACCAGGGGUCUUGAAAUUAACCUUCAACCUAGAAACCAACCCACUGAAAAGGAUAACAUGUCCUUGCAGUGCACUGCGGACAAAUUCACCUUUGAAAACCUGACCUGGUAUAAACUGAGUCCUCGCACCUCACAGAGGCCCCUUGGGGGAUUGCCAAUGCCUGUGUGCAAGAACCCGGAUGAUCUUCUGAAGCUGAAUGCCACAGUUUCCAAUAGCAAUGGUGAAAAUGUUACCUUAGAGCUCAUCCUCCGUAACAUUUCUCUUCGAGAUCGAGGGGAUUACGUUUGCAUAGCCCAGGACAAAAAGACUAAAACGCAACACUGUCUCGUCAAGCACCUCACUGUUCAAGAGCCUGUGGCCCCCACAUUGAUAGAGAGCCUGGAGAAUCAAACAGCAAACAUUGGUGAAACCAUAGAAGUAUCAUGCCCAGCAAAUGGAAUUCCUCCUCCACACAUCACAUGGUUUAAAAACAAUGAAACCCUUGUUGAAGACUCAGGUAUUGUUGUGAAAGAUGGGAACAAAACUCUAACCAUACGCAGGAUAAGGAAAGAAGAUGGAGGUCUCUACACCUGCCUUGCCUGCAAUGUCCUCGGAUGCAAAAAAGCAGUAACUUUUUUUGCAGUAGAAGGCGCCGAAGAGAAAAUGAACCUGGAGCUCAUUAUCCUGGUUGGGACUGCAGUGAUUGCCAUGUUCUUCUGGUUGCUUCUUGUAAUCAUUCUCCGGACCGUUAAACGGGCCAGUGGAGGGGAAUUAAAGACUGGCUACUUGUCAAUCAUCAUGGAUCCUGAUGAAGUUCCUAUGGAUGAGCAGUGUGAACGUCUCCCCUAUGAUGCCAGCAAGUGGGAGUUUCCUAGAGACCGGCUAAAGCUAGGUAAACCCCUUGGGCGUGGAGCAUUUGGCCAAGUCAUAGAAGCAGAUGCAUUUGGAAUUGACAAAACUGCUACCUGCAAAACUGUUGCAGUAAAAAUGCUGAAAGAGGGUGCUACACAUAGUGAACACCGGGCACUUAUGUCAGAGCUCAAGAUCCUCAUUCAUAUUGGUCAUCAUCUAAAUGUUGUCAAUUUACUUGGUGCCUGCACAAAACCAGGAGGCCCACUUAUGGUGAUUGUGGAAUACUGCAAGUUUGGAAACUUGUCAACUUACUUAAGGAGCAAGAGAAGUGAAUUUGUUCCGUACAAGACUAAAAAUGCCAGAUUUAGGCAGGGAAAAGAAAACUACGUCAGUGAAAUCUCAGCGGACUUGAAGCGACGCUUAGACAGCAUCACAAGCAGCCAGAGCUCGACGAGCUCGGGUUUUGUGGAGGAGAGAUCCCUUAGUGACGUAGAGGAAGAAGAAGCAGCUUCUGAAGACCUUUGCAAGAACCCUCUGAGCAUGGAGGACCUUAUCUGUUAUAGCUUCCAGGUGGCCAGAGGGAUGGAGUUCUUGGCUUCACGCAAAUGCAUCCAUAGGGACCUAGCUGCUCGUAAUAUCCUCUUAUCACAGAAUAACGUGGUCAAAAUCUGUGAUUUUGGCUUGGCGCGAGACAUCUACAAAGACCCAGAUUAUGUCAGGAAAGGAGAUGCCAGAUUACCCCUAAAAUGGAUGGCACCAGAAACCAUUUUUGAUAGAGUAUAUACCAUUCAGAGUGACGUAUGGUCCUUUGGCAUUCUGCUAUGGGAGAUAUUUUCAUUAGGAGCUUCGCCAUAUCCUGGUGUAAAAAUUGAUGAGGAGUUUUGUAGAAGACUGAAAGAAGGAACAAGGAUGAGAGCACCAGACUAUACAACACCAGAAAUAUAUCAGACAAUGCUGGACUGCUGGCAUGGAGAACCUAAGCAAAGACCUACUUUUUCUGAAUUAGUGGAGCACCUGGGAAACUUACUGCAAGCCAAUGUUCGUCAGGAUGGAAAAGAUUACAUUGUCCUUCCUCUAACGGUAUCACUGAACAUGGAUGAGGAUUCUGGACUCUCUUUGCCAACCUCACCUGUUUCCUGUAUGGCGGAAGAGGAAGUCUGCGAUCCUAAAUUCCAUUAUGACAACACAGCAGGAAUUAGUCCCUACCGACAAGGUAGUAAACGAAAAAGCCGACCUGUGAGUGUGAAAACAUUUGAAGAUGUGCCCUUAGUACCUGCUGUAAAAGUUGUUCAAGAUGACAAUCAGACAGACAGUGGGAUGGUUCUUGCAUCUGAAGAGCUGAAGACACUGGAAGACAGAGCUCAGCAAGUGACAGUUCCCUUUAGCGUGCUGGUGCCCAGUAAAAGUAACGAAUCUGUGAUGUCCGAAGCCUCAAACCAGACGAGUGGCUACCAGUCAGGAUAUCAUUCUGAUGACAUGGACACCACAGUUUACUCUAGUGAAGAGACAGAACUAUUGAGCAUCAGAGAAGACACACUUCAAACGUGCUGCACACAGACUCUUACCUACGACACUGGUGUUUCACUCAGCUCACCUACUGUUUAGAACAAAACAAACAACAGGAAAUCAUAUGGAACAUUCCUGUAUUUCUUAGACUGGUUGUAUUCAGGGCUUAUGCACAGGACACCUGCUUUCACAAGAAGGACACGAGUAUCACGUAGCAAAUUGAGCAGUGAUGAGCCACAAGACGCUUGUUCAAGAGACAUCAGUAGCUCAUGAUAAGUUGCAGAGCGCUGUCACUGCUGUGAACAUAUGUAUUUUGUUUUUCUGAUUACAAAGUCGGGUUGUGGACUUUGAGACCCAAAUGAAACACAUGUUGACACUAAGUGUCUAUCCAAUAGUGUAAAGACUACAGGCAAUGGAAUAGCAUUCAGCAGGGCACUUUGUGCUUCCAAUUAUAUGAAAUAAAGCUCCAGCCAUGCCUUUUGUUUCUUCUUGCGGCUGGGCUCCAGGAAGGAAAUAUCACUGUGCUGGUUUCUUGUUUCAGAAUUAUUUUUUACUCAGAUCUCUACAAAAAAAAAAAAAAAAAAGAACCUUCUAAUUUAAGCUCUGUGUCUAAUUGAAGGUUUCUGACUAAAUAUAGACUGAAUUAAACGAAGACAAGGUUGACGGUUGCUCUCCUUGACAGAAAACACAUUUGCCUUGGUAAGACCUGAUGAGCUGUAUUUCUCUGGGUAAGAGUUUCCCAGUGAAGUCAGUGAAUUUGGGCCUGAUCCAACAGCCGCCUAAAGUAUAUGCAAAUAAUUCUCAUGGACUUCAAUAGACAAUGGAUCAGGCCCUGUAACAGGUAGAAAUGAAAGUAGAAGUUACCUAAGGCUCAUAGGGAUCUAUAACUUAUUUUUAAACUCUUUUUCCUCCCAUAGAAGGCCAAAUUCUGUGCCGGUAUAAACUGACACAGCUCCAAUAUACAGCAGUAGAGAAUUUGACCCAUAAACUCUUGAGUAUCAACGAUUUAUUACAUGGCAGCUCAAAUUUCUAUGAGUGGUGAUUUUUCAACUUAAUUAAUUGCUGGACAGGCUUUUAACUGUUCUUGUAGCCCAGAGCUGUAAUGAUAACACUGUAUAUGUACAAGAUUUUUAAAAUGUACAGCUAUUUCUACUGAGUUUCUUUAUGUAUUAUUUUUUUUAAGGUUUUUUUUGUACUAUAACGUCAAAUGCUGGGAACCACGAGUAUAAGGCAAAUAUGGCACAUCUAAUAUUUAUAGCCGGUUUAUGUAGAAAUAAAUAUAAUAUAUUAAAAUAUAAAUAUAUAUUUUAUAUAUAUAUAUAUAUAAUGAACAUUGUACUAUUCACAUUUUGUAUCAGUGUUUUGUAGCGUUACAAGGGUCACAAAGUUUUUUAUAAUAGCUGAAGUAUCUCACUUUAUUAAAAGGGAUUGGAAAACAUAAAAGACAAAGGGACUUUGAGUAGAUCUCUUUUCUCCUCUUUGUGUUCUUAUACUCUGCCCCUCAUCACACUAGCUGAAUGCUGCUAGUUAGUUGUACUACAGAAGAGCAAAUCAUGGGGAAACAAAAACAGUAAGCCUACUUGUGUUUUACUACUAUCUAUGUGUCUAGCCAUUUAUCUAUACACCACUAUUGUGUAUAAAUGUUUGAGUGCAUACUGCUGAUAGUAAAACAUUGGCUUUGCUAAUAACUGGAAAAACAAUAGCGUUCAAUGGAAUUGUCAGUGGAACAGAACAUUAGCACCUACUGAGUCUUCUGAAAAAGUGUUUCCUUGCAGUUGGGAGGAGAAAUAGAAGUCUAAGCAGACAAAUUAAUGUCCCAUAUAAAUGCUGUUUGUAAUAAACUGCAUUUUCAUGCAAGGUGUUUGAAGCUUUCCACAAAUUUUUCCCACAAAUGGAGUCAGUAGCGUUCUCAUAUUUUCUUUUACCUGUGUGCUCACAAAAUGGAAGAAUCAGGCACAGAGGAAGGACUGGGUGUGGAGGGGGCUGUGCCCACUCAAACCAAAGCAGAGCUUGUAUGGUUGGUCUAAUUUUGCUCUGAGGAGCGGAUAUGUUCUUUAAUGUAGCCCACCUUCUCUCAUGGUGUCGUAUUCCAGUUAUUUCCAUGUUACUUUCUACAUCUAGAAUGUUGUCCCCAUCUCCAUGCUCUCCCUUCAAAUCCAGCCUCAGAAUCUCUUUUUUUUUAACCUUCCUUUACACUGCUGACCACCUCUUCUGUUCCAUCUGCUCCUCCUCCCUUGCUCAUUAGCGAGAUUCAAAGAUUGGACAUUUAGAGGGAUAUCAGGAAUAUCUAGAGUUUUAAUGGUUAAUGCUGAAAAAAGUGUAGGGGAUAGAAAGCCUCUUGCUUCAGGGUUUAAGAUGGUUUAGGAGGAAUUCUUCAGGGGAGCAAAUUAACCCACUUCUACCUACUGUGGGUUCUUAUACCUUCCUCCAAAGCAUUUGGUGCUGGCCACUGCCGGAUCCUGGAGUUGAUGGAUCACAGGUCUGAUUCAGAAUGGCAAUUCUUAUGUUCCAUUUUAAAUCUGUUUAAAAAUAUAAAACUAUAGGAGUCCUUCACAUAAAAGACACAUCAUUUGCUUUAACACUAGUCUCUCAGAUCCAUGCUCCUUCGUCUGUUCUCUUCAUGUUCUAUCACUGCUUAAUUUAAGACCAGAUCCUGAUACCUUUAUGCAUGCAGAGUAGAACCUUACACCACAAGAAAUCUUACUAAAUUCAUUGGGACUGCUUGUGGUUUAAGGUAUUAUUCAGUCUGACUAAGGCUAUUGCAAUCUGGCUCUUAGGUUGCAAACUCUUUGGGGCAAGGAUCAUCAUCCUUUUAAUCUCAGGAAAGAACCAUACAUAUUUCUGGUGUUCUAUAAAUGUUUGUUAAUAGUAACAACACCAGAGAGAAUAAUAGAUAAAUACAGUUGAAAAUAAUCCCUCCCUGAGACCAUGCCAAUAGAGCCAAAGUGGUUUGUCACUUAAAUCCUAUAAUGGCUUUCCUUUGAAUUAUAUUUGUUGUAAUGUAUAUUUGUUAUUUUUUAUAUAAUGUAGGAUUUCACUUUUAUAUAAUGUAGGAUUUAUAUAAUGUAGCAUUUUGUUUUGACUAUGUUCCAUGCCGUAUUCUGACAUAAAUGUACAUCUAUCAACAUCA